UCUCGUUUUUUUUGGGAGUUGUGAAGAGUGCGAACGAAAGCUAAAACUCGCCAUCACUUUCCGUGGCUGUUUUUAAAACGGAGUGUGAAAAUCUGAAGUUUUGUGAAGACAGCUAAGCCAACGCUUUACCUCAGAGGGCAGAGAGACGCGCGCGCCGGAGGAUGUCCUCACCAGGAUGCCUCGAAAACACAGGGACCACCUGGCUGAGCGAGAGAGGAAGUCCAAACAUCACUUCCUACAUGCUCUCUACUUAUGGAUGUUCCUACCUCUUGUUCCUCAAGCGGGCGGCUACUUCAUGAGUGACUCUAAGGCUGUCCUGCAGGGCUGCUCUGACUACUGGACACUGCAGGACCACUGGGCCAUGCCACUGCUGUUCCAGAUAACAGUGUGCGUGGAUGUGCGUGUGAUGACCCCGGGUGAGUGGACAGCCUUUAGCUACACAUCUCCCCGCCCACCAUACUACGACCUGGCCCUGCAGGGUGACGACAACGCCCUCUACGCCUGGCUUUUGGGUGUACGGCACCGAUUCCCUGUGCAGCUGGAGCUGGGCCGCUGGUACCGGCUGUGCCUGCGGCGAGAUGCUAUGCGAGACAGCUUCAGCCUGGAGGUCAGCGGUAACCCGGACCCUCAACAGCGCACGGUUAUUGCUCGGGGAAUCCCACCCACGGGGACCCUUCUACUGGGCUGCCAGCUGCGGGAUGCCUCCCCUGGGGUCACUCUGGCCACUCUGGAGCUCUACUUGUUUCGUGUUUGGAACGACGUGUUGCAGCACGGGCCCUGUGAGGAUGGCACAGUCGUGGGCUGGGACUCUCGUAUGUGGGGCAUCACCCGUCCCCAGGCCAGGGUCCGGGACGAUGCGCUGCAGUGUGGCAUGCUCAAUCAUUUAGGCCGUGUACGGGUCAAACGACAAAACAGCGAAACACAAAUUACACAGGUCACGACCUCUACAAAUGCACGAGAAUUCCUCUCCACUGCAGCUCCAUUUCUCUCCACACUGGCCCUGAUCUCUACUACAGUGAGUUCACCUCCACAGCAAGCAGAUACUACAGCUACUACUCCACCUACAAGUGCUACUGCUACUACUACCGCUACAUCUACACCUACUACCAGAGCUGUCACAACAGCUACUACUGUUGCAACUAACCCUACAACCACUAGUCCUACUACCACUGCUACGCCACCUACAACUGGUGCUACUAGUUCCACUACAUCUACUUCUACUAAGAUAGGUCCCACCACAAAUAGUACUGCUGAAGCUAAAGCAACCACCACAACUACUACGACCACACCUACAACUGUUACUCCUAGCACUACUACAUCUACUCCUGCGAUCACCACAGGUACUACUUUUGCAGCCUCUCCUGCAGCCAUACCUACUACCACAACUACAGCUUCGCCUACAACUGCUACUCCUAGCACUACUUCAUCUACACCUACAACCAUAGCUGCCACAAUAAACACUACUGGUGUUGCCACUACAGCAAUGACAACCACCACAACAAGUCCAACUACUACAGCCACCACCACAUUUAGAAGUACACCUACAACUACUACUACUACUACUACUUCUACCCCUUCUAGCAUAUCUACCACCACAACUACAAGUCCACCUACACCUGUUACUCCUAGUAUUACUGCAUCUACUCCUACUACCAUAGCUACAACCACAACUGCUCCACCUACACCUGUUACUCCUAGUAUUACUGCAUCUACUCCUACUACCAUAUCUACAACCACAACUGCUCCACCGACACCUGUUACUCCUAGUAUUACUGCAUCUACUCCUACUACCAUAGCUACAACCACAACUGCUCCACCUACACCUGUUACUCCUAGUAUUACUGCAUCUACUCCUACUACCAUAGCUACAACCACAACUGCUCCACCUACACCUGUUACUCCUAGUAUUACUGCAUCUACUCCUACUACCAUAUCUACAACCACAACUGCUCCACCUACACCUGUUACUCCUAGUAUUACUGCAUCUACUCCUACUACCAUAGCUACAACCACAACUGCUCCACCUACACCUGUUACUCCUAGUAUUACUGCAUCUACUCCUACUACCAUAUCUACAACCACAACUGCUCCACCUACACCUGUUACUCCUAGUAUUACUGCAUCUACUCCUACUACCAUAGCUACAACCACAACUGCUCCACCUACACCUGUUACUCCUAGUAUUACUGCAUCUACUCCUACUACCAUAUCUACAACCACAACUGCUCCACGACACCUCUACUCCACUACAACCACAACUGCUCCACCUACACCUGUUACUCCUAGUAUUACUGCAUCUACUCCUACUACCAUAUCUACAACCACAACCACAACUUCUACUACUGUAGCUACCACUACAUCCACAGCUCCACCUGCAACUGCGACUACACCUACUACUUCUACUCCUUCUACCAUAUCUACCACCACAACUACAAGUCCACCUACACCUGUUACUCCUAGUAUUACUGCAUCUACUCCCACUACCAUAGCUACAACCCCAACCACGACUUCUACUACUGUAGCUACCACUACAUCCACAGCUCCACCUACAACUGUGACUACUACUACUACCACUGCUCCUUCUACCAUAUCUACCACCACAACUGCUCCACCUACACCUGUUACUCCUAGUAUUACUGCAUCUACUCCUACUACCAUAGCUACCAGCCCAACCACAACUUCUACUACUGUAGCUACGACUACAACCAUAGCUCCACCUACACCUGCUACUACUACUACUAUUACUUCCACACCUAUUACAAUAGCUACCAUCACACUUACAAACCCAACUACUACAACUACCACCACAGCUACAGGUCCACUUACAGCUGCUACUACCAGUACUACUGCAUCUUCUCCUGCUACCACUGCAACUACAGCUGCACCUACAGCUGCUAGUGCUACUACUACAUCUUCUCCCAUUACCACAGAUAUCACAACUACAGCUGCUGCUACCACUACUAUCAUACAUACAACAUCUACCACUACCUUUUUUCCUGCCUCGUCCAGUGCACCCAGCACUUACCUUACAACUAUGUCCGCCCUGCAAACCACAGCCAUGUCCAAAACAGCAGAUACAGUCUAUAGCUCCACAGCAGCGAGCCCAGGGGGCCAUGAGGAAUCAACCGUUAUCACCACAAUCCAUCCCACCACGGCAGCAUCUACUCGACUGAACUCAUCUUACCUCUCUCUAAUAACAGUAGCCCCCACCACUCUCACCGUAAACCAGACUGCAUUCAACACUUUAUCCACAGAUUCGACAGUGGUGGUGCAGUGCAACCUUUCCCAGUUCUGCGACAACAAAACGUCAUACUACUGGAUGUUUGUCAGUGUUGAGGUGGCAGUGGAAGGAUCCACUAAGAGUGAGCAAGAUGUCCAGGCCUGGGUUUCAGAACUUUUCAGGUCUGAAUGUGAUCUUGGGGAUCUGAUGCAAAGCUCAUCAACCACAUUAGCCACAUAUUCAAAAAACAUAUCAGAUGGAAUUACAACAGGAACAGCAAGCACUUCAACUUCAUGCCAGAAAAACUCCACAGUCGCACUGCAGGACAUUAGCGUGGACUGUGAAGAUAAGAAAAAUUUCACGAAGACUAACUGCACUGUGCUGAUUCAGUUAAACCAGCCCACAGACACAUGCUCCAUGAGGCAGCUCCUCCAGAACAGAAGCAGAGAAUCUUCUUUACAUGCUAAAUUAAUGGGGGAGGUGGAAAGAGUGGGAAAAAACCUCUGCGUGGAUGAGAACAUGUUGCCCCCUGGAGAUGGCUUUGUGUACUGCAACUCCUCCUUGCCUUCCUCUGAAGUCUGCCAGGCUAAGAAACCAGUCAACGUCACAUGCUCAUAUGAGAAGAAGAGCUUCACCCCUCGUGUCCUGAAUGAGGCUCAAGCACAGCCCUGUGACAAUAACACACAGAACCAGUGCAGCUGUAGCAGAUUCUGUAGCGACUCAGGAGCAUUUUAUGCAUUUAGCCUGAACAUCAACAGUCCUGAUGUUACGUUUGACGAUGUGAAGAACACAAUUACGCAGCUGGAUUGUCCCUGCAACUCAACCAUCCUCCCUUUUCUCUGUAAUGUUUCCAGUCACUAUAAGGGUGUGCACAUACAGUGUCACGGUGAUGGAACAAGGUUGUAUAGCUGUUUAGUAGCACUGCAGCUCAGUCAGCUUCUAGAUCUGUGUUCAGUCAGUGAAGUCCUGGCAGCCCUAUUCCAGUCCAGCACCUUCAUCACCUAUGAUGGCAUCCUCACUAGAUUAGCUCUGUGUGGUUCGCCCGGUGAUUCUGCAUAUAGCCUGUUAAACUCAAAUUUCACCUGGGUCUCUGCAAACAUCAGUGCUGAACAGAUGUGCACACUGAGCCAGUUCUCCCUCACCACUCAGUUUACAUGUGGCAUAGGUCAGGUGCUGUCUGUGCUUCUUAAUGAGAGCUGUACUGUUGGACGUUUUAAGACUGGAACCAGCCCAAGCCAAACACCAAGCGUCCCACCCCGCACCGGUGCCAUUUCCCCAGCUGAAAUGGGCUUAGAACAAAAUGCUACUUCUUCUAAAAUAACAGCCAACUCAGUGAACAUCCAGUCAAACAGCACAUUCACACCUUUAGAUCCUAUAGUUACACCAGUUGGUCCUACAGCAACAACAGCUACACCGUCCACUGUGGUUGCACCAAUCAAUGGCACAUUCAUAAAACCCAAUGCUACAAUGUCAUCUCUCAAUGCAACAGUCACAUUAUCUAAUACGGUUACACCAUUCAAUACUACACUCACACCAGUCGAUCCUAUAGUGACAUCUUUUAAUGUAACAGCUAAUUCAUCCAGUUCUGUGGUUUCAUCAAUCAAUAGUACAGGCGUAGAACCCAAUGCUACAGCGUCCUCUCCCAGUACAACAGUAACUUUAUCUAGUACAGUGACACCAUUCAAUACUUCACUCACACCAGUCGAUCCUGUAGUGACACCUUUUAAUGUAACACCUAAUUCAUCCAGUUCUGUGGUUUCAUCAAUCAAUAUACACCCGCUAAACACAACAGAAUUCAAUACAACGUUAAAUCCAUUGAACUCAACAGUGAUCAAAACCACAGCACCCCAAAAUGCAACACAACAUAACAAAACAGACAGUUUUAACGCAAUACAAUCCAAUGACACAACUUCAGUACCUCCCACAACAUGGACCAACACCACAGAAAUGGUGAAUUUCACCACAGAGGUCAAUUUAGAACAAAACACCACCGCUAGUACCCUUAACACAACACAAUUUGAUAUCAGAAGCAUGAUACAGAAUACUACACUGGACAAUGCUCACAUUAACAACAUCACAUCAGAUACCACAACCACAGUAAACAUGACCAACCUCAUCGAUAAAGAUGGUUCUGCCGCACCCAAUACGACAUCAAGUCCUUCCAUUAGCUUGGCCAUCUUGGCCAGUAACACUACAGGUACUGCAAAUAAUGCAACAUCCAGCCCAGACAGCAUCUCAGAGGCCCAGUCCAGCUCGACCACCUCUGACAAGGUCUUGACAACCUUGGGUACUACUGUGGUCACCAGUACAGAGACUACAAAAAGAAGUACUACUGCCAUAACGGAAGCCGGUGCAGGCCCCCCAAGCACUACAUCAGGUGGUGCUCCUGUUCCUCCUCAACCAGCAGUGCAGACCACCACUACUACCACCACUACAAAAACAGAAACCACAACAUCAGGUAGUCCUGAAGAAUCGGCCAGUCAGCUACUAAACCAGACUCUGAACCAGGAUAUGUCCACCCUGAACGCCUCUCAGCUGGAACAGCUGGUCAACGGGGUGGAGAACCUGCUGUCUGGACCCAACAUCAGCCUGGAACUGGGCCAGAAAGUGCUGUCUCUCAUUGACCGCCUGCUCAGCAGUUCCACAGACGCUGUGGCCUCCUCCUCAAACCGCUUGAUCAAGGCUGUGGACACGCUGGGGUUGAAGCUGCUCAUUCGGGACAAGACAGAGAGCAUAACAAUGGCAUCACUUGCUCUGAUGGUGACAAAAAUCGAUGGAACCAACUUCAUGGGAACAUCAUUCUCAAUCGCAGAUCCAGUGUCCUUCAGGUUAACAGGAGGAGAAGAAGGUCUGCGAGUUCUAGUCUGGGUUCCAUCUCCCUCCCUGCCUCUCUGACAGAAAACCUCUCCCUGGUAGAACAGCAGCAGGCUUCACGGGUUCAGUUCACCUUCUUCAGUAAGAGCACCCUGUUCCAGGAGAAAACACAUGUUCCAGGAAAAAACCUGACGCUUAAUAGUCAUAUUCUGGGGACGAGUGUAGCCAACCUGUCCAUCAAGGGGCUGAGGGAGAACGUGG